AUGUCGAUGGUUGGUUUGGAGGAAGUCAAGGCCCAUUUUCUCGCCAUUAACACUAAAGUAAAGGCCGCCAAAGCCGACAAUGCCAGUGAUCCGGACUUUCAAGGACUACGCUUCCAUUUAAUUCUCCACGGCAGAUCAGGAAUGGGGAAGAAAACCGUUCCUAGUAUUUACGCAUCAUUUUUACAUUCCCUAGGGGUUAUGAAGGAGUACCAAGUUCAAUGGUAUUCUUUCGAUUCCGCAUGGGGAGAAUCGCCGUAUUGGCUGAGAGAGUAUGGUGAUGAUGAUGAUGGUGGUGGUUGGAGUCCUUUCGAAAACCGAACGCCCCCCCAAAAAAGUCGCGCCGAAAGUUGA